AUGAUCAGUUUGAAUACAUGCAGUGUGCGUAGUUUGUUGCCACACAGCAAUUCUGUAACAAGCCCUUUGACGAUAAUUCGGAAAUUCAAUCGACAGCAAGCACUUGCAGGCGGACCCCGGGAGCCGACUUUCGAUGAAUUUUUUAUUCGAUCGUCAGAUGCAUCAAACGCACUACCAGCGAUAUCGGGGAAAAGAAAUUUAGGUCGAGUCGAUCCAAGCGAUUUCGUUUUAUUAAUUUCGCGUUGGCAAACAGAAAAGAAAGGUAACUCGAAGCCGAAUACAGUAUCCGUGACCGUCAGCAUAUUGACUCUAACUUUUAUAUCGAUAGAUCGAUGGUACGCGAUAUGCUUUCCCUUGAGGUUCAAGUCUACCACGGGACGAGCGAAAAACGCAAUUAUUGGAAUUUGGACAAUAGCACUUUUAUUUGAUAUUCCGGAUUUCCUGGUGUUGCAUACCGUUCCACCUACGCAUAUCAAGAUAAAGACCAUUUUAUUCACGCAAUGCGACAUGUCUUGGAGUCAAAGGAGCCAGGUUGCCUUCACUAUCGUCAAACUAAUUUUCCUUUAUACCGGACCUUUGAUCUUCAUGAGCGUAGCCUACUGGCAGAUUGUAAAAGUCCUUUGGAGAAGCGACAUUCCAGGACACAAUUUGUCAUCACGGGCGUCCCAGAUGAGCCAAAUUCCACCGACCGGUGGCGGAAAUCCCGAAGUGCAAUUGAGAUCUCGACGAAAAGCGGCAAAAAUGUUAGUCACGGUGGUCAUCACUUUUGCCAUUUGCUAUUUCCCUGUACAUUUACUCUCCGUUUUAAGGUAUACUACUACACUACCGUCGAAUAAAUGGAUAAACGCCAUCAGCCUAAUCGCACACGGCUUGUGCUAUUUCAAUAGUGCAGUUAAUCCUCUAAUCUACAACUUUAUGAGCGUUAAGUUCCGGCGGGAGUUUGGCCGUACAUUCCAAAAAUGCACCCCUUUGAACGAUCACAAGCCAAACCAGGAACCCAGCCACGCUUGCAUAGCAAAUGAAUAUCGCUCUACAACACAAAGUCGUCGGAAAUUUCGGAAGGAGUUUAGGCGUACAUUUCGUUGUAGUCGAGAGAGUAAUACUCGUAUACAACGCGGAUAUCUUGCAAGCACGUCUAAUCUUCCUCGAAUUAAAUCUCGAACUAUGACGAUACGAACAACGUUCAAGAAUAACAAUAAUCUUCAACGAAAUACCGAAAUUAUACCUCUCAGUGCUAUAACCAGCGUUCAACAAAACGAAAAACACGAUUAAUUGUAAACAUAUAAUGCCAAUGAUUAUGACUAUCAAACGUGCAGUAAGAUUCACAAGUAAUUUAUUUACAAGUAAUUUGAACUUUAAUACUAAGAUAUAUGAUAUUAGAUAAAUACAACAGAAACGCCGUGUCUCAUUUGAUAGUAUUUUAAAUAACUAAAAUACUUGUAAAAAUCAUUUGUUUAUAUAUCUAAUUCCGAAAUUCAUAAAAAUUGGUAGACAUUGAAACUUUUACUGAAAAAUGGAAUCGUUUAAUAUAACGAAACAUUGAACUAUGUAAAAUGUACUUACAAUAUUAAAAAUUACUGGAGAAAAGCUCGAUGUUUAUUCCCGCAGAGCGUGAACUAUAACAUAGGCACGUACGAAUUUGUAAAUCAUUCUUUAUAAUAGAAUGAUUCCAUUUAGAACU